AUGAGCUGGUGGGCAAAGGAGGUGUCACUGACGUUUUGGAGAUCCGAUGCUGAACGGCAGAUCCAUUGCCCGGAAAAGACGAUGAAGAUCAUCUGCUACAAGUGCCAAUUGCAAUCCAGCUUCACGGCCAACCGGCAAGAUGCGGAGUAUAUCAAGGAAUUGAUGCAAAAGCUCAGAGACUUGCCCCUGACCACAAAUGAUUUGCUGACAGAACCGCUAUGUGUCAAUUGUUCCUCCCCACAUCCUAAUACUAACGAAAAACAAAUUUUGGCUGAACUGCAAAAGUCCCUCAGCGCGGCCCUGAUCUAUGAAAUGGGGAAAAGAAUUUGUUUUGAUCCACCACUUGAAAAUUUUGUCGAAAAAGUCAUCAACGAUUUCAAAACGAAUCAUGCCAAGCUUUUGGAAGAGCUUGGAUGCACCAGCCGCGCGUCUGAUGCUCGCGACCUGUUUCUACGUUCCAGAGACCAAAUUGAACAAUUCUCCGCCCUAACCAAAUCCCUAUUGGAGCACAUCGAUUCCUACAACCUUGAAAUCUCCACAUUUUUGCCGAACUCU